AUGGCAUUGGCUUCCGCAGUGAAGUGCAUUUCUGAUGUGGGCGUGACCUUUCGCAAUGUCUCGCUGGCCAUCCUUCUGUGCUUCAUUGCCCCCCGCAUAUGGAAGAUUCUUGUCAACUCAACCGCAGUCCUUAACCGGAUCCCCGGCCCUGUUAAACACAAGCUGUCCGAAUGGCCGCUGGUGAUCGCCAUCACAAAAGGCAAAAGCCAUGUCACCAUGCAAGACCUGCACCGCCAGUACGGCCCGAUUGUCGUGCUGGCCCCUGGAAUGAUUGGAGUCUCCGACCCGGAAGCAAUUCGCCGCAUUCUUGUCACCGAGGACUGGCCGAAGUCCCACGCGAUCUACGCGAACUUUCGACAAGACCCUGAGCGCCCGACACUCCUGGCAUUCACGGAUAAAAAGGCCUACUCGCGGCGCAAGAGAUUGGUGUCGUCCAGCUUCGGCAUUCGAUAUAUCAGAGGAAUGGAGCCGAUCAUGAGAGAAUGUGUGGCCGUGGCCAUCGAUCAAGUCUCGGCCGCCUGUGACAACAGCCAAGGUGCAGCAGUGAUUGACGUGCACCGCCUCAUCCGCGCGUUGGCAGUCGACAUAAUCGGAGCCACGGUGUUUGGAGAGACGUUCAAUGUCGUCCAGCAGGGGAGCCACCCGCUGCCUUUGAAAAUCGAGCGCAGCUUGGUUCUCUCUGGUAUCUUUCAGUUCCUUCCGUGGCUGAAGGGACUUCCCUGGUUUCCCACGCGCGACCCGUACAUUGAUCAGUUCACCCUGGGGAUUGUCAAUCGAAGACGGACUACCAUGACGGAUGAUCCUCGGCAAGACCUUCUGCAGAAGCUUGUUGAGGCUGUCGAUGACCGGCCUGGCUCUCUAUUCCGCACGUCGGAUCUGCAAGACGAGGCCGUUGUCUUGUUGACCGCAGGCAGCGAAACCACUGCCAAUGCGGAAAUAUUCUUGCUGAUGUUGCUGGCCAAAAACCCCGAAAAACUGGAAAAGUUGCACGCCGAAAUCGACAGAUGCUAUCCGGAUGCCAGGCAAGAAACUACAGCAGAAUCGUCCCCGGAGAUGCCAUAUCUACAGGCAUGCAUCGAUGAGACUAUGCGACUAUACGCGGCUAUGGCAAGCGGCAGUCCACGAGAGACUGUCGAGGAUACAGAGAUACUGGGAUACCAAGUUCCCCGGGGGACUACAGUGUUCCCAACGACAGCCACGCUCCAUUUGGAUCCCUCCGUAUGGACUGCGCCAGAAGAGUUUAUUCCCGAGCGUUGGAUCGAGUCGAGCCCCGAUGGUCCAAAACAGCCACGUGUGCCGUUCUAUCCAUUCUCCGCAGGAAGUCGGGUCUGCAUUGGAAAGCACUUUGCCUUGCAGGAAAUCUUCCUGUCCAUCGUGACCUUGCUCAGAAAGUUCACAUUGGAGUAUGUCCCGGGACAGGACGAAUCGACUGUCUUCAGGGUGGCGUUGCAGCUCCAGGCUGGAAAGUACAUGAUGAAGGUUCGGCGUCGAUAG